AGAAUGAAAAGAUGCCAUCUAGUCUACGCCUCAGCCAUUGUAUUUCGCCGUUGUUUCUAUUCAGUGGUGUGCUGUAACAGUAAUUUCGUCGAUUUUAAUGAACGCAGAUUUUAGCCAUCCAGCUGAAUUUAUCAAAACCUAGUCUGCACACGGAUUGCAAAGAAGAUAUUUACAAAAAUAUUUUUUGGGGCUCACGCGAUAUUAAAAUUAGCAGCUAGCUACCUUUUUGGUUUAUUUCCCCCAAAAAACCUUUGUUAUUAAACCAAUAGGCAUUUCUCCACGGAUCCGGUUUCUAUUUAGAUGGCAAGCUUCCCAGAUUCUGUAAAUGAAAAUGAAAUAGGUAAGGCUAAGUUCAUCGGUGAACUCUUAGUGCCUGUUGCUCCCUUUGACCAGAAGUCUGGGCGAGAGACCUGGACUGUAGCCUUUGCACCUGAUGGUUCUUACUUCGCUUGGUCUCAAGGGCAUCGCAUCGUGAGGCUCGUUCCCUGGUCAAAAUGCCUGAAGAAUUUCGGUGGGGAAGGCUCCAACAGAGCAGGCACUCGGCGUUUGUCGCGGCAGAACAGCGAGGGUGGAACAGUGGUGCCAGUGGGCGAGCCCAGGGAGCACACCAUCGACUGCGGUGACAUUGUGUGGGGCCUGGCCUUCGGCUCGUCAGUGCCAGAGAAGCAGAGUCGCUGCGUCAACAUCGAGUGGCACCGUUUCAAGUUCGGUCAGGACCAGCUGCUGCUUGCCACGGGCCUCAACAACGGACGCAUCAAGAUCUGGGACGUCUAUACUGGAAAGCUGUUGCUCAAUCUCAUGGACCAUACAGAUAUAGUACGAGACCUGACAUUCGCCCCUGACGGCAGCCUCAUGCUGGUAUCGGCAUCCAGAGACAAAACCCUGAGGGUCUGGGACCUGAAAGAUGACGGUAACAUGGUGAAAGUGUUGCGGAGUCAUCAGAACUGGGUCUAUUGCAGUGCAUUCUCACCAGACUCUUCAGUCCUCUGCUCUGUUGGAGCCGGUAAAACGGUGUUCCUUUGGGAUAUGGAUAAAUAUUCCCUGAUCCGGAAGCUGGAGGGUCACCAUAACGACGUGGUGUCCUGUGAGUUCUCUCCCGACGGAGCCUUGCUCGCCACCGCCUCCUACGACACCCGUGUCAUCAUCUGGGACCCCCACAUGGGCACUGUGCUGAUUGAGCUAGCGCACCUCUUCCCCCCCCCCUCGCCCAUCUUUGCUGGAGGGGCCAACGAUCGCUGGGUACGCUCUGUAGCGUUCUGUCACGACGGGCGUCACAUUGCCAGCAUCACUGACGACCGAAUGGUGCGUUUCUGGACAAUUGAUGAGACGUCUCCCCAGGCCAUCGCACCCCUCACUAACGGCCUCUGCUGUGCGUUCUCUACUGACGGGAGUUUCCUAGCAGCUGGGUCUCGAGACGGCAGCGUGCAUUUCUGGGCAUGCCCAAAGAGCAUUGCCAGCCUGCAGCACCUGUGUCGCAUGGCACUACGACGGGUCAUGUCCACCCAGCAGGUGCAGAUGCUGCCCAUCCCGCCCCGCAUACGCUCCUACCUGUCUUACCAAGAUCUCUAGCCCUCCACAUUCACCCUCACUGCCCAACACCGCAUGCUGGAAACCAAUGAAUAUUACCUUCCUAGAAAAAACACCCAGGAAAAAUACCCAAAAAAUAACCGAAGAGGAAAAACUUGCUUGACUAACUGUUCUGCGACAAGACACAUUUUUGGGUAUUUAUUUUUGUAGGUUUACUUCCGUGUGUGUGUGCCAUGGCCCCCCCCAGGGAGCGUGGUUGAAUGGUUAAGUUAUUUCAGUGGCCUGUCCCUCAGCGUAAGAUGGCCUUUACCAUAUGUCACCUCUGGAUAAUUCUACAUUAUUACUCCAAUAGACUUUUUUGCUGCUGAUAAUUGGCCUGGUGGUGGUGGAAUCAAUAUUGAUGUGCUGUCUCUCAACCUGUCUCAAACCAUGCAACUCCACUGACUUUACUGUAAGGACUACUAAGGUUGCAAAAUUCUGGGAACUUUCAAUAAAUUCCCUGGUUAUCCCAAAAUCCAGUUUGGAGGAACUCUGGAAUCUGGAGGGAAUAAGGAGGAAAUCCGGAAUCCUCCAACCAGGAUUUUGCAACUCUACUAACGACUGAGUGAGAGGAUGGAGGGUUCGUCCCAACGCUGUGCAUUAUUUUCAGUGCUUCAGAGACUGGCAUGAAGGGUCGAGAACUGUGUAUGGCCACAUGUACAAGUGUGUGUGUGUGUAAGCCAGGGGAGUCAAACUAAUUUUGCCACAUGGGUCUUCGCCGAGGUCCGGAGGGCUGCAAGUACAAUUGAUUAUAUUUCCUCUGUGAGAAUGUGUUAAGUCCUCUUUCCAUCGCUUUUGGAAUUUUCGAUUCUCCUUGACUGUCUAGCUUUCAUUUCGAUUGCCUUUUAGAAAGCUGGACAGAGUGCGGUUACACCGUUUUGAUUUGGUUUUGGUAAUUUCAAUAUCAAUUGAGAUUGUUUUCUAUUUAAAGCAAAAAAAUUAAUAUAAAAGUUAAUUUGAAAAUGGUGUAAGUGAAUGACUGUGCUGAUAAGAUUUGACCUUCUGCUGCAAUGGGCUGCUGGAUCCCUCCCUCAGUUUUCUGCUACCCUAGAUCUCCUCAGGUCUUAACCCUUACUCCCUCGCUUGCCCAGGUGCUCAACGUGCUUUCCUUUCCACACAUCCUGCCUCACUCACGCCCAGGAGGGCAAAGACUGCCUGUAGCCUACACUGUCUCAUCUCCGUCUCCAAAACAAUAGCAACCCAUGGUCUGACCUGUUUGGUUCUCAUUUUUUUACCUGGGGGGGAAAAAAAUCUGUAUAGACAAUUGAUUGUGUGUGUGUGUACAGUGGCUUGUGAAAGUAUUCGCCCCCUUGGCAUUUUUCCUAUUUUGUUGCCUUACAACCUUGAAUUAAAAUG